AUGUUGCCCUUCACCUCCCUCUGGUUCCAUGACCCUGCCCAAGAAGCCGCGUUCGGGGAAGCCUACUUCCUUCUGUACUUCCAGCUGAUGAGCCGGCUGUUCCGCUUCAUCAGACUCGUCAUUGUACCCGUCUUUCUCGUGACCCGGUAUUUCGAACUGCAUUUCUCUUGGGUCGGAGUUGCCACCUUCGUGCACGGCGUUGGUUUGGUGGGCUUAGACUGUUUCAACCAUGUGAUGGGCGCCCGAUUGGGCUCGACGGCGCGAAUAAGGCUGACGAUUUUCGAUCGGGUAACAACUGUCGCCGGUAUCUUUCUGGACAUCUCGAGCUUCAAGGAGCCAGUGACAUCACCUUGGUCGCUCGUUCGCUUCCUGGGCCUGAAUUCAGGGGUUGUCCCGCUCAUCAUGGUAACUUUCGGCAUACCCCUUUUGUCGAGGCAUCACCUCGCCGUGCAGAUCCCCACGAUGGUGGUCCUUGGGUAUGUCGCGGCGCCCAGGAUGUGUGCAGUUGCCAUAAGUGCGCCCGAGAGCGGUUACUACAUAACGACCACCUGGCGCGUGGUGCACAACCUGUUCACGGCCGCACCCAUGGACCUCCCAGCACCUGAGGUGGCAGUCUGCUGCAGGACCCUGCUCGUCUUGGAGCAAGUUGUGGUUGGGCUUUUGGUCCCUUCGUAUGCUUUGUGGGCUACAGAAUACAUCAACCGGUCUCGAUUCAGGAGGUCACGGCUCCAGCACAUGACCGGGAGGUUCGUGGGCCUGCACUGCCUCCUCAUCGGGUGCUACAUGGGUUGCCUGUGGCUUAUCCUGAAUAUCAGGCUGUGGCUGUAG